UCAGAUAGGCUGAUUUCGAGUCUUUCUCUUCUGUGGGAAGACCGAGGCUCGCAUCUUUUUGGCUUGUUGGCUCUUUUACAUCUGGACAUUUAACUCUUACUUUUAAGAUCUUUCCCUCUAGACACUGAGUUUUAAAGUCUUAACUUUUUGGUUGUUAAAAACUUUUUUUUUUUAAAGUCCCUUCCCUUGCCAUCGGGUUGACAUGAGCGUGGAUCUUUCUGGUCCCCACAGUCUGCCUAGUUGUGAGGAAGCAUCGAACUCUGGAGACUCCUCGCCGAUGCCUGCCGUUUCUCUUCCUGAGGAAAAUUAUUCUUGCUUACAAGUAUCUGCUACUGAGAUGCUCUGCACAGAGACUGCCUCUCCUCCGCCUUCCUCUGGGGACCUCCCUCUUCAAGACAGCCCUGAUUCUUCUACCAAUCCCAAGCUAAAGCUCUCUGGUCCCGAGGCUGACAAGGGCCCUGAGAAGAAGGAAGAGAACAAGGUCCUCACCAAGAAGCAGAAGAUGCGGACUGUGUUCUCUCAGGCCCAGUUGUGUGCACUCAAGGACAGGUUUCAGAGGCAGAGGUACCUCAGCCUCCAGCAGAUGCAAGAUCUCUCUACCAUUCUGAACCUGAGCUAUAAGCAGGUUAAGACCUGGUUCCAAAACCAAAGAAUGAAGUGCAAGCGGUGGCAGAAAAACCAAUGGUUGAAGACUAGCAACGGCCUGACUCAGAAGGGCUCAGCGCCGGUGGAGUAUCCCAGCAUCCAUUGCAGCUAUUCUCAGGGCUAUCUGAUGAACGCGUCUGGAAACCUUCCAGUGUGGGGCAGUCAGACCUGGACCAACCCAACUUGGAACAACCAGACGUGGACCAACCCAACUUGGAGCAACCAGACCUGGACCAACCCAGCUUGGAGCAACCAGGCCUGGAGCACUCAGUCCUGGUGUACUCAGGCUUGGAACAGCCAGACUUGGAACGCUGCUCCGCUCCAUAACUUCGGGGAGGACUCCCUGCAGCCUUAUGUGCCGUUGCAGCAAAACUUCUCCGCCAGUGAUUUGGAGGCGAAUUUGGAAGCCACUAGGGAAAGCCAGGCGCAUUUUAGUAGCCCGCAAGCCUUGGAAUUAUUCCUGAACUACUCCGUGAAUUCUCCAGGCGAAAUAUGAGGUUUACACAACAACUGGGCUUAAAGUCAGGGCAGGGCCAGGGUCAGCUUUCUUCCUUCUUCCAAAGAGUUUUAUAUAUUGUUCUUAUUUUUUUAAUUAUUAUUUUGUUUUUGUUUUUUGUUUAUCAAGGUAGGGUUUCUCUGUGUAGCUCUGGCUGUCCUGGAAUUCACUCUGUAGACCAGGCUGGCCUCGUACUCAGAGAUCUGCCUACUUUUGCCUCCUGAAGGCUAGGGUUAAAGAAUUUCUAAAGAUUUUCAUAGUUUUUUAUUUUUUUAAUUAUUAUCUGUUUUCAUGUUUGUGGUUUUUUGUUUUGUUUUUGUUUUUGUUUAUCAAGAUAGGGUUUCUCUGUGUGGCUCUAGUAGUCCCGAAACUGGCUCUGUAGACCAGGCUGUCCUUGAACUCAGAAAUCUGCCUUUGCCUCCGGACUGCGGGGACUAAAGGCAGUAUAUAACCACCUGGCACAUUGUUUUUAUUUUUAUUGUUUUAGUGCCAGAAAGCAAACCUAGGACUUUGAGCUGGGCACCCACUCAACCACUGAGCCCCGUGUUGGCUGCAUUUGUCUGAGCUGGGUAACUUGUCUUUUUUUUCUGUGUUAACGAUGGGCUUUGGAGACAGUGCACUAUACACCCUAUCCUCCCCCAGGUCUCGCACACCCACCUUACUCCAUACCAACCCAGGCUUGUCUGUCUUUUUUUUUUUUUUUUUUUUUUUUUUUUGGAGCUGAGGACCGAACCCAGGGCCUUGCGCUUUCUAGGCAAGCGCUCUACCACUGAGCUAAAUCCCCAACCUUGUCUGUCUUUAGAAGCUUGGGUCUUGGUGUGCACUGUGUAUCGUUUUGAGGGGUGAGGUUUAAAAAUAUACAAAGUAUAAAGAUUCAUGCAGAUAUGGUGGCUCCUCUCAAGCACAAGACAGAAGGAUCAUGAGUUUGAGGCUAUCUCAGAUAUAAAAUAAGUUCAAGACCAGCCUGUACUAUGUCUAAAUAGUAAGACAGCAUCUCAACAAAAUAAUAAAACUAAGGUAAGGAGAUAAAAGUAAAGUCUCAACAAAAUACAAGAUCUCGCCUGCUACGGUUCUUUGAUUUCCUCCGUGUCUUUGCAGUUCCGCCAAGAGGCUUCUAUGUUAAUAUCUGUAGAAAGAUGUUUAUAUUUGACUGUACCAUGAUAAACCAGUGCCAGCUGGACUAGUUUAAAUAAAACACGAAUUUUACCCA